GACGUUCGCGUGCAUCCACACCACCGCCGACGCCAAGUACCGUACCAGGACCGCUUGGAUUGCUCCCUACAGAGCAUCUCCGAUAGAUCGACGUGAUUCAUCCGCCCGCGCACACCUCGCCGCCGCCGCAAUGCCGACACCCGAGUCCGAACUCUUUCUCGCCAAAAAGCCCAAGGUUGCGCCAACCUUUGAUGGCGUCGACUACGAGGACAACAAAGCAUUGAAGGCUGCACAGGAUGCCAUUAUCAGGGAGCAGUGGGUCAGGAGCAUGAUGGCGAGGUUAGUUCGGGAAGAGAUGGGCAAGUGCUACCGGAGGGAGGGAGUCAACCAUUUGGAGAAGUGUGGACAUUUGCGAGAGCGAUACUUUGAGCUCCUCAAGGACGCCAAGGUUAAAGGAUAUCUCUUUGCACAGCAAAACUACGUCGACGAGGCGCUCAAGCGAUAGACGAAUCCGCAAAGAACGAUGGGUGUACACGCGAUUACACGAAUGCCAGGCGAACCAUAUGUUACCGAACAGCAACAGGGAACAGCACGAGGACAAUGCAGAGGUCGGGUUUCUGGCGGUCGACGGGCAUCGUGAGGAGAGAUGCGAUAGUCUUCUUUACAGGCGAAUCUGUACAUAAGCGUGCCGUAUAAGAGGCUGAUGUAGCACGAAUUAUAGGAACCCAAUUCAUAACUGCAAUGGUACGGUCUAUACUUAUCUAAACU